UUCUGCUCUCAGGCCCGAUCCAGCCCCUGUUUGCAUUUUGUUCUGGACUUUCCACUUAUUUGCAUGUGAGAUAGGAAGCAGGUGAGCAGACAAAAGGCUGCAGGAAUGACUUCCUCAGUCUCUAUCUGGACUGUCUGAUCAUUCGGAGGAACAAUGCAGGCGCUGACUUCAUCAGAGGCAUCUAGGUGUGGCUUCGCAGGCUCUUCAGUGGGAUCCAGGAACUGCCGGCACUCAGACGCAGCAGCGGUUUGCAGAGGAAUCAUGGCAGAUACAGCAGCAGAGGAAGCAGCUCCCAAAUCCAAACAGCUGUGCGGCAGCUGCUCAGGUGAGCUGAGCGGAGUCGACGGAGACAAGGGAUGUCCAGAGUGUGUGAAGAAACAGAACGGGGCCCCCGAGGCCCCCGAGGCCCCCGAGGCCCCUGUGAUCAGCAGCAAAGAGAAGCAGAACCAGGACCCGAAGGCGGCCGAGGAGACCAAGAUCCAAGAAGACCUGAAGGAGUCCGAGGACGACAAGAAGGAGGACGAGGAGCCCAAAGAAGAGGAGGUGAAGGAGGAGCCGCUGGGCCCCGAUGAUGUGGUGUGCGACUCCUGCAUCGAGAGCCCCUGCAGGGCCCAGAAGUCCUGCCUCACCUGCCUGGUGUCGUACUGCGAGGCCCACCUCCGGCCUCACCUGGAGAACCCCAAGUUCCAGAACCACCGUCUGGUGGAGCCGCUGAGGGACAUCGAGCGUCGGACCUGCGAGAGCCACAAGUGGCCGCUGGAGCUGUUCUGCUGCGCCGACGGCUGCUGCGUCUGUCAGGACUGCGUGACGGAGGAGCACCGGGGCCACAACACGGUACCGGUGGAGGAGGCCCGGCGCCGCAUCGAGAAAGAGCUGCGGGAGAAGCAGAGUGAGAUGGUGAAGACGGUGACGGCAGCAGAAAACGCCAUCAACAAGCUUCAGCUCAACACUGUUUCUAUUGAGCACUCGGUGACGGAUGUGCGAGCCGUGAUCGAGAGCCAGUUCGAGGAGCUGCAGUCGGUGGUGGAGAAGGCCAAGAGGGAGGUGACGGAGAUCCUGGAGGGCGAAGAGAAGCAGGCGCUGAAGCAGGCCGAUGGCAUCCGGGUCCACCUGGAGCAAAGAUGCACCGAGCUGAAGAAGACUCAGGCUCAGAUGGAGAAGCUCUCCAAGAACAAGAACGACGUGGACUUCCUGCAGGAGUAUUCAGAGUGGAAGAAAGAAGCCACUGACAUUUCCUUGCCGGGGGUUUACAUCGGCCUCAUGGACCGUCUGAAUUCCUUCAGCCGCGUGAUCGUCGACUCCACGCAGGAGCUCUGCACCAUGUUGGUGUCCUCGUACCUGGAGAAAGUCAAGGAGACGUGCAAAAACGAUAAAAUGGGGAUAAAGACGACAGUCCAGCAGAUCGUUGCACAGAAACAGAACCUGUCGAUACCUGAUCCGGUGACGCGUGACGACUUCUUAAAGUACGCCGCCCAAGUCAGUUUCGACGCUGACACGGCUCACAAGUUCCUGCGGCUGACAGAAGAAAACAGGAAGGUGACGAACACCACGCCCUGGCAGCAUCCUUACCCCGACGUCCCCGAGCGCUUCGAGAACUGGCGGCAGGUUCUGGCGGCGGAGAGCUUCUACCUGGGCCGGCACUACUUCGAGGCGGACGUCGGCGGCGAGGGAACCCACAUCGGCAUCACCUACAAGAGCAUCGACCGCAAAGGCAGCGAGAGCAACAGCUGCAUCACGGGAAACAACUUCUCGUGGUGCGUCCAGUGGAACGGCCGGACCUUCUCCGCCUGGCACAGCGACGUGGAGACGCCGCUCAACGUGGAGAAGUUCACGCGGAUCGGCGUCUACGUGGACUACACCCGGGGCCUGCUGGCGUUCUACGGCGUGGACGACACCAUGACGCUCAUCCACGAGUACCAGGCCGAGUUCCUGGAGCCGCUGUAUCCGGCUUUCUGGCUCCCCAAGAAGGAGAACAUCGUGGCCUUGGUGGCGCCCGGAGAACCUUUACCGCUGAAGAGCCCCUCUCCUCCCACCUCGCCUGCAAACGGAGCUCCAAUUUAGAAAGACUCGGCUUCUCCUGGAUCUUUUAAGGACAUAGAAAGACUGUACUGUCUCCCAACAAUGGACUUGUUACCUACACAAUAAUGUGCAACCUCUUGCCAUGUUCCACUUGUUUACAGCAGAUUGUUUUUGCUGCAGAACUGAUAAUCUGUUAAUCUCAUGUACAUUUGGGCUCAGGUCAUAUUUAUACUCUACUGUGUAGCUUUGGGACUACUGUUACCGCAAAUGUUCAACUAUAUUUUCCAAAUAAACGUGUCUGUCUUUAUUUGCAAAAUAAAAGUCUGCUUUUGUUCAACGUUUGAGCUCCUUCGACAGCAAACACUGGAUGGAUGAACGGUGGCUGUUAGAUGCGAAGAGCAUCAGAAAUAAAUAAAGUUUAUACUUUUUAUUUUAACAUCAAAGUGACACUAUUGAUGCACAAGAUGCUGCGUUCACAGCUUUGUAAUGACCACAACAUGUCAGAUUUGUAUGUCUGAAUACAAAAGUCACAGAAAAUUUGUCAUAUUUUCAUGUAAACCUGGAAAUAAUAGAAACGUUUAGGGAUUUAAAAAAUAUUUGACAUGUGAAAUAAAGUCAAAAUAUUCCAGA